UUCGAAAACCUCCCAUAAUUCAUCGAAGUAUAGAAGUCCGACCAGGCGACCCUUCGACUGCUCCUUUGCGCCAUAAUAUUCUUGAAUCUUAAUUCGAACGGAGCGCUCUGUGACCAUAUACUUUUAAAACCUCUCUUCCUUUUCGUCUUCUCUGUCAUCUUACUUCUAUGGACUUUCAAGUGGUCGUUCUCGCCGGUGGCACUUCCAACAAGCUCGUCCCUCUGGUUUCUCAGGAAGUUCCAAAGGCGCUUCUUCCGGUGGCCAAUCGACCGGUUUUGUCUUACGUUCUUGAACUCUUGGAGGCCAGCAAUCUCAAGGAUCUCAUCAUUGUGGUUGAAGGGAAAGAUGCAGCUCUUCGUGUGGGCGGUUGGAUAUCUAGCGCUUACGUCGAUCGUCUUCAUGUUGAGGUAGCAGCUGUCCCCGAGGAUGUUGGAUCUGCUGGUGCACUUCGAGCUGUUGCUCACCAUCUUACUGCAAGUGACAUCUUGGUUGUGAGUGGUGAUCUUGUUUGUGAUGUGUCUCCUGGAGCUGUUGCAGCUUCUCAUAGAAGACAUGGUGCUAUGGUUACUGCUCUACUGUGUUCUGUCCCUGUCAGUGGACCAUCAGAGUCUGGGUCUUCUGGAGGAAAGGACAAGACGAAAAAACCAGGGCGGUACAAUAUCAUAGGGCUGGACCCAACGAGACAAUUCUUAUUGUUUGUAGCAACAGGGGCUGAAGUUGAAAAGGAUAUUCGAGUUCAAAAGAGCAUACUCCGUGCUGUUGGCCAGAUGGAAAUCCGGGCUGAUCUUAUGGAUGCUCAUUUAUAUGCAUUUAAGAGAACUGUUCUGCAAGAGGUCCUGGAACAGAAGGAUACAUUUCAAAGCAUACAACAGGAUGUCUUGCCGUACCUUGUACGGACACAACUGAGAUCAGAGGUAUCAUUAUCCAAUGGUUUUGUGCAAGCUGAAGAAAAUUGGAAUGAGAAAGAUGCUACCCAAAAAAUCCAGCACUUGGCGAGUGGCGCCAUCCCUAGUUUUCAUGAACGCUAUGCUUUUGGUCCUAAUUAUUCUGCUCCUCUUCCAAAGGUGCAUAAAUGCUGUGUUUAUAUUGCCAGCAAGAACAAGUACUGUGCACGCUUGAAUUCUAUUCAAGCUUUUAGUGACAUAAACCGAGAUGUCAUAGGAGAGGCAAGUCAUCUUUCAGGCUAUUCAUUCUCCAUACAGAAUAACAUUAUCCAUCCAUCGGCAGAGCUUGGAUCAAAAACUACGGUGGGGCCAAAUUGCAUGCUUGGGGAGGGGUCACAAUUGGGUGACAAGUGUAGUGUCAAACGUUCUGUCAUAGGUCGUCAUUGCCGAAUUGGCUCCAAUGUAAAGGUUGUGAAUUCAGUUGUUAUGAAUCAUGUUACUAUUGGAGAUGGUUGUUCGAUCCAAGGUUCCGUUAUUUGCAGUAACGUGCAGCUCCAAGAGCGUGUAGUUUUGAAGGAUUGUCAGGUGGGUGCAGGUUAUGUUGUUACUGCCAGCUUGGAAUUCAAGGGAGAGUCCUUGGCAAGAAAAGAAAAAUCCCAUUCUCAAUGAGUAUAUUAGUUUUCCUUCUUUGUGCUUGCUUUUUGUACCAUAGGUUCAGAUAUUUCUUAGUUGCUUUAGGGGACGGGUUGAAAAUGAAAUCUACAAUUUUGUUUCUCUUUGUCCAACAUCUCAUGAAACUUUUGGUCUAGGGUGAUAACUAAA